GGGCUGAAAAGUUGGUCGCGAGGGAGGCGCGGAGAUGGCAGAGGUCGCGCGCCUAAGCUCAAAGCCGAAUGCGCGCGCGCGCUCCCCCUCCCCCUCCCUCCUCCAGCUGGACCCGGGACAAGGGGGAGGAGAGCGGCUCGCUGCCUUGGUAGCGGCGGCGACGCGCUGAGGCGCCUUUCCUGUCCCCUUUCUCCUUCCUAGCUGGAGGAGCCUGCCUGCCUGCCUGCCAUGCACCGCCCCGGGAGGAGGGUAGCCUGGGCCGCCGAGAGCCCGGAGGACCCUUUCGGGGUGGCGGCAGCAGCAGCAGCGGGCGCUGGGUGGAAGGGAAACGACGGCGCUCCCUCCUCCCGCUCCUCUUCCUCGACGGAGGAGGAGGGAGCAAAGGGGGCGCCCCCGGUGCGGGAGGCGGAGGCGGGGGACGAAGACGAGCAGCCCCUCCUGAGGGGGAUUUUCGGCGUCGGCAAGAGGAGCUGCGACGUGGUGCUCAGCGCGCGGAGGCUCAGCUGGAGCCCCAUCCAGCCCGAGAGGCCCGUAGGUGGUUCCAAUGUGGGCUUGACAAAUGAAGAGGAAUCUGUCGAAAUGAAAGAUGUAUUUUCCGUAAAACUGAAACGCCGUCGUUUUGCUGGGCAGCAAAAAGGUGGCCUAUUAUUAGGUAUCACAGUUUUUGUCUGCCUGAAAAAAGAAGGAAACAAACUUAAGGAUUCUGUCAUCAACUUAAGUAAUUUAAGUGAGGACCAUUGUUACCUGUGGUUUAAGCAUUUGAAGGAAAUUUUGAAUGGUUUUCCGAAUAGGCCAAAGUCAUUAAAGGUGUUUGUCAAUCCAAAUAGUCAUAGAAAAGAGGCUGCUCGCAUUUAUCACGAACAAGUUGCACCUCUCUUUAAGCUUGCUGACAUCAGGGCUGACGUUACAGUUACUGAAUAUGAAGGACAUGCUCUUAAAUUACUUAAGGAAUGUGACCUGAUGUCAUUUCAUGGGGUGGUUUGCGUUGGUGGAGAUGGGACUGCCCAUGAAGUUGCUCAUGGUCUUCUGCUUAGAGCCCAGAUGGAUGCCAGGAGGGAUGUUGAUGACAUAAUUGCACCAGUUAGAGCACAAGUUCCUCUUGGAAUAAUACCAGCAGGUUCUACAAAUAUUUUGGCAUAUACUGUGAAUGGCAUACAACACACAGUAACUGCAACACUGCACAUAAUAAUGGGGCAUGUACAGUCAGUGGACGUGUGCACUUUCAGUAGUCCAACCAAGCUACUUCGCUUUGGGUUUUCAUCAAUGUUUGGGUUUGGAUCAAGGGCUCUGGCUUUGGCUGAAAAACAUCGUUGGAUGCCAUCAAGUCAGCGAAAAGAUUUUGCUGUGCUCACGACACUGGCAAGUCUGAAACCAGAAUAUUGUGAAUUAUCAUUUCUACCUUUGGAGCAAGAUGCUCAGGGGGAGGAUAAAAAGCAGCAAAAGAGACUUAAAUCUGACAGCAGGGAUCACUGGCGCAGAAUCCAGGGUCACUUCCUGAACGUGAGCAUUAUGGCAAUCCCUUGCCUCUGCUCAAUGGCACCAAGAGGCUUGGCACCUAAUACCAGAUUGAAUGAUGGAAGCAUGGCGCUUAUUGUUGUGCGGAACACUUCUCGUCCGGAGUUUGUUAAGCACCUGAAAAGAUAUGCUAGUGUGAAAAACCAGUUCAGUUUUCCAUUUGUUGAAGCUUUCAUUGUUGAAGAGGUAAAAGUCCAAUCAAGAACUAGAAAGGAACGCAUCACUAGAGACAACUUGAAUUCCAUAGAUCCUGAAGAAAAGAACUAUCCAUGGAAUAUAGAUGGAGAGUUAAUGGAAUGGCCAUCGGAAGUUUGUGUCCGGGUACAUCCCCAAUUAAUUAAUCUAUAUGGCAAGAGUGUUGAUGCAGUGGAUAAUCCAAAAGGAUCAUGCAGCUGUCUUUAGAAACAAUCUAGGAAGAGAAAUUAUGGAUUUUGCUGCUAAAUCGAACAACUCAGUUGUAUAGGAUAUGACUGAUGCAGAUUGAAACCCAAGCUUGGAUAAGGCAAAUCCCCAACGCAUACUUAUUUCUGCAGGAAAACUGAAUGAUUUUUAUAUACUUGAUUGACAUUUUUCAGAGAAUAAGGAGAGGGGCUGCAGGGAUAUGCUACAGAGGUAAGGAAGGUGUGGGAGUAUGUGGGUUUGUGUGUGCCCUUCACCAGAAGAGAGAGGUUCUGUGGGUUCUGUGGCUGUUUUUCUGCUUCUUUCAAAGCGGCAGUAGGCAGAACAUUUAAGCCUCUCCACCUCAGCACACUUUAGGCAGGGUAGCAUUCUUCACCCAAGCUCCCAUGCAUUACUCAGUGAGUCUAGCUUUUCCCAUUACUUUUUAUGACUUCCAUUGUUUCAGUUCUGCAAACCAUUCUGCACAUUUCAGUAUUGCUGGAAAAAGUGUGUUCCAUUAAACAUUUAAGAAGACUCUUAAACUUUUUGCCAUCUUCAGUCCCUCCCUAAUGCAAAUAA